AUGCAACGUCUUCGACGCCAGCCCAUUAGGCUCAGACCGCUCCCCGAGUAUCCGGAGAUCAUCCUCGCCCUCAACAUCAAGCAUAACAAUUCCACCUUGGCAGGCAAUGUCGAGUUCCAUUGGCUCCUCUGGGUGCCGGAUAGAGGCGCCACCCGCGAGCGACUCUCACCGGGAACGAAGAUGCAUGCCCUCGGUCGACGGUUGCGGGGCAAUGAUGGUGCAUGGAUCCAUGAUUGGGGCUACGAGUCCACCAAGUUCACGCUGAACACGUCGCACACCGUGGCCGCGGCAGCUAUCUUGGGGCGUCUGCCCACUGGCAAGACGGUGGAGGAUCUGGACCAACUUCUGGCGGUGAUCCCUAUGAGUGUCCCUGCGGUCGACCAGGCACGGGAGCGGGACUUCACAUGCCGGGUAUGGAUCCGUGAGGCGGUGCGCCGGAUGCACGCUCACAGGUACAUCCAUUGCCCCAAUGUCGAUGCCCUUGAAGAGGAGAUGCGGCGAUACGGGAUGGAGAGAAGCAACAACCUGACGUCGGUCACAUGCUCUAGCCUCGUUUCUGCCGUGAACUCACGCGCGGUCGAGUGA